ACGCCCUCUGAUACACUCUACGCAUCCGCUUCGCAAUCGAUUCUGAGUGUCACCCGCCGUCGAAUCUUUGGAUGAAGGUGCAAGGGUCGGGUCUCGAAUUCGAGAUGUGAGACUGGAAACGGUUCAUGCGAGCAGCUGCUCUGCUCUGCUCUGCUCUCGGUGUGGCUCACGCAAGCCAUUCGUCACAAAUGAUACGCAAGCAGACGCCAUUUGGCCGGGUCGAUGUAGAUGUAGGAGGAGGUGGAGGAUGUGGGGCAGACAGAUAUAUCGAAAGCCGUUCGAGGGUGGAAUCAGCUCAAGCUGACUUGCUCCCGUUCAAUCACAACAAGCUGACUUGGCAUUCUUCAGUCCAAAUCAUUCCUGAUCCUCACACGCAUAUAGAAAGCGUACGAUCGAACUCUAAGAGUCACGAGUGCAAAAAGAGCGUGCAGCUGACUUGAAAUUGCCUUCGAAAGUGUGAGUCAUACUCGUGGCUGGAUGGCAAAAUGCCGUGCAAAGCUUUGCGAGUCACGGCGACACAUGCAAUCGCAUUGAAGAUUGUGUAAAAGCUGUGCAAAAGCU